AUCUGAACAUUCCAGAAUUAAUGAAUCUACUUCUUCCUUAAGCCUAAAGCCCAAGGGAUCACUUCGACGAUUUUUAUUCAGCCUUGGUGGUAGAAAAAGUCAUGGGUCAAGAAUUACUAAAUAUAUUCACCCAAGAAAAACAUCAAAACCCACACUCCUAAAGUCACCGAGAGGGGAGAUCGAUAUGGGGAACAAGUCUUCAUCGCUAGGUGGCCACCACGAAACCAGUGCUUCAGCUGAGAAAUCUUCCCCAGUUAAGUCACGUUUUCUUAAAAAGUCACGAUCUCUCGACUUGGGAGACUCGCCUAGCGGCGAAGAAGGACAAAAUGUACAGCUUCCAGGGCAAGUAAAAGCUAGAGAGCGCUACACAAACUCCCCAAUAACAGUGUCACUUUCAUCUCCUGAAACACUUGACGAAAAGGAAAACCAUGUUGGCAGCUCAGAGGAUAUGAAAAAACUCCAGCUCCAGAAGACAUCUUCUGGGAGAUCUUUUCUGAGCACGGAACAAAAGGAUCCUUCAGAUGAAGAUCCAGACGUCCAGUUGUGCAGUGACAGCAGUGGCUAUUCUCAGUACAAUACUUUUACUUUCCAGUCUUCACUCGACUGCGACGAGCCUAACCUCGUACGUGAGAAGGCUAUUGAACAAAGAAGGUUUGCCAUUCAAGAACUUGUGGACACAGAGCAAGAUUACGUAAAGGAUCUUGGGAGUAUAGUGGAGGGGUAUAUAGCAUUGAUGAAAUCGGGCGAAGUUCCGAUGCCUGAAGACUUGAAAAACGGUCGAGAUAAAAUAGUAUUUGGCAAUAUUGAAGCAAUAUAUGAAUGGCAUAGAGAUUUCUUUCUAGGGGAGCUGGAGAAGUGUAUAGACGAACCUUGGAGGCUGGGUAGUCUGUUUCGACGCUACGAAAGGAGAUUAAAUAUGUACAUUGUAUUCUGUCAGAACAAACCCAAAUCUGAGUACAUCGUUUCGGAACAUGGCGAUACUUAUUUUGAGGAACUUCGACAAAAACUUGGCCACAAGUUGCAGCUCACUGACUUGCUAAUUAAACCUGUUCAGCGAAUAAUGAAAUAUCAACUUUUGCUCAAGGAUAUUCUGAAAUGUACCGAGAAAGCCGGGUUGGAAGAAGAAGUAGGGGAUCUCAGAAAAGCCGUCCAAAUCAUGCAUGUUGUGCCAAAAGCUGCCAAUGACAUGAUGAAAGUAGGGCGACUACAUGGUUUUCAAGGAAAGAUUACAGCUCAAGGAAAACUAUUGCGUCAGGGAAAGCUGAUGGUCAGUGACCCUUCUUGUAACGGUAAACUCAAAGAGAGACAAGUUUUCGUCUUUGAACAGAUAAUCAUCUUCAGCGAACCGGAGGGAAAAACAACCCAAUUCUAUCAUCCAGUCUACUUCUAUAAAAAUCACUUGAUGGUGAAUAAGAUGUCCCUCGGGGAGAAAGCAGACAAUGGAGACCCACUAUCAUUCACUUUGAAGUCAAAAGAUUUCAAUCAGAGAGGACUUUACUUCACCAUUCAGUGUCACACCCAAGCAGAGAGGGACGAGUGGGUGGCAAGCCUUCGCUCCAUUCUCGACACCCAGCUAAAUUUCAUGAGGGCUUUACAGUCUCCUAUUGCUUACCAAAAAGGCUUGAGUAAUGAUGGGUCUACAUCGGUUUCGGACACUUUGGUGAACAACAGCUUGAGGAAAACACUUUCCAACCCGGCUUCCUACUGCACAACUCCAAAGUUAGGAAACCCAGACACCGGAAGUUCACUCAUCACCCAUUCUUUUCGUGAAACAAAACGUGAGAAGAACGUUCGGGCAAGUCACGUGUACUCACAGAAUAUCGUGCGCCGAAGUCGGUGUGAGCGGAUAGACUCUGGUCGUAGUUUUGAUGGUUCCGAUCAUAGUUUAGAACAUUCUGUUCUUCCAGAAGAUACCAAUCAGGGUUCUACUUUCUCGGCUCUCCAGGCCCAGUGUGAUGGGUCAAGGCUCAAAGAGUGAAGACAGUUUCAAAGAGAAACUUAUAACUUAGCUUUAUCAACAGUGCCAAAGGCCUGCAUGAAAUCUAACUGGGACCUCUGUUUAACUUCAAACUUGCUCAUUUCUUAGUAUAUAUAUAUAUAUAAAACACGUUGUAGAGAGUGAAGUUUAAUCCCAGUUUCCUUCUUAUGAUAUCUGCUGCUAUCUUAGUAGACUAUCUGGACUCGAACCUGCGAUUUACUCGGCCUAUAUUUAUGAUUAUUAAUUUUGUCACGUCCAUCUCUGAGAAAUGUAUUGGAACUAUUUGACACUAUUAGAAGUAUUUAAAUCUAUGUAAAAGAAAGCUGUAAAUAAUUAGUUUUCAAACACGGCACAUUUUUUUUUUUUUCAUUAGCUAUAAAACAUUAUGUGAAUGUGAAAUACAAGCUU